AUGCUCGCGCCGUACUAGAGGUAAAGCUACGCUCUGAUUGGUCCCCUCUCGCGAUGUUCCUGGCCGCGUUUGAAACAACAACUUUAUUAGCACCUGGAACUAGGCGGAGAGAGGCGGUAAGUUGCGAGGAGGAAAGGGGCUAAUUGAACUCACGGCCCGCUGUGGACCAAUCCUGCUAAGCGGAGAAUCGCUGUGGCCGGACGACGGGGCGUCGAGACAAGAAGAAAGAGGUUGGCAACUCAGAGGACUGGUUGCGACGUUAGACAAGAAAGCAAGGCCUUUAAGCAGGGAUUCGGGCUGGACGUGGGGGUGGGCCAAAGCGAAGCGGGAAACAGGAAACUACAACUCCCAUAAGGCCUAGGGCCACGUCCUGCCGUCCUCGGCCCCUGAGCGUGAUGGGACAAGUAGUUUUGCCAACGGCUUGAUCUAGAGAUUUAAGAGGUUGGAAGCUAGGAGGCCCGGGGCUUCCGGAGGUCGCGGAGAUGGAAUUGGAGCAGAGAGAAGGGACCAUGGCAGCCGUGGGCUUUGAGGAGUUCUCAGCGCCGCCAGGCUCGGAGUUGGCGCUGCCUCCCCUAUUUGGGGGCCACAUCCUGGAGAGCGAGCUGGAGACGGAAGUGGAGUUUGUGUCAGGUGGUCUGGGUGGCUCAGGGCUCCGGGAGCGGGAUGAAGAGGAAGAGGCAGCCCGGGGUCGGCGGCGGCGCCAGCGGGAAUUAAAUCGCAGAAAGUACCAGGCACUAGGUCGGCGCUGCCGGGAGAUCGAGCAGGUGAACGAGCGGGUCCUGAACAGGCUCCAUCAGGUGCAGAGGAUAACUCGGAGGCUGCAGCAGGAGCGGAGCAAGCAGUGCCCCUUCUCUGAGCUGUUUCCUAUCAACUAAGGGCCGUGCCAGUAUCAUGAGGCCGUGGCGCGGUUAAGCCGGAGCUUCCCACUGUGCAUCUCCACAAAACCUGCCCCGGUGGCUGCUGCCCCUGCCACUCACAGUGUCCCUGUCCCAGCAAAAUGGGAGCAAGCUUGGUAGGAAUGGCUCCACGUUGCUGAGUCAACCACGGUUCUCAUCUUGGUCCUCGGCUCAGGCUCGGCGCAGUGACCCAGGGCUAUGUGCUCUUCCCUGGAGCCCAUUCUUGCCAUCCUGGUCACCCGGCAGCCUGGGGUCUCCUGCCUUUCAACUGUUCCUUCUUGGCCGCCUUUGCUAGUUCAUCGUCCUUUCCCCAAAGCUGAAACCUGCGGCUCCCAGGGUUCCUCUGUCCGCACCUGUGCUGUCCAGCACGGUGGCCGCUGGCCACAGGUGAGAUUUUCACCUAAGUUGAAAUAAGAACUCUGUCAUUCUUGCCACACACCAAGUGCUUAGGAACAGCCAUAGGCAGCCAGAUCAGAACACGCCCAUCCUCUGGGGAAGCGCAGCUGGGUCAUGCGGGUCAACCACUUUAAAGGCUACCUAGGCCGGGCACAGCGGCUCACACUUGUAAUCCCAGCACUUUGGGAGGCCAAGGCGGGUGGAUCACGAGGUCAGGAGUUCGAGACCAGCCUGGCCAACACAGUG